CCUGUUAAGAAAAUAUCGAAAUUUUAAAAUUUAGCUAAAUUCUUAAAUGUUAAUCUAUUAAAACAUAAGAUGACACCUAAUAUGUUUAAUUUUUAUUAACUUUUGGGUAAAGGAUCAUUUGGAGAAGUGUAUUUAGUAGAUAGAAUAGGAUAAGAAAAUAAAAAAUUAUUUGCAAUGAAAAUAUUAAAAAAAGAAAGAAUGAUGUCAUAGAAUUUAUUGAAAUAUGCAGAAACAGAGAAAGAAGUACUUAGUGUAAUGCAUCAUCCAUUCAUAGUAAAAUUAAAUUAUGCAUUUUAAACAGAAUCUAAAUUAUUUUUAGUAAUGGAUUUUUGUCCAGGAGGAGAUUUAUCAAAAUUGCUUGAUGUAAAAAGAAAAUUAUCAGAAGAAGAUGCUAAAAUAUAUGUUGCAGAAAUAUUAUUAGCAAUAGAAUGCUUACAUAAAAAUAAUAUUAUAUUUAGAGAUUUAAAACCAGAAAAUAUAGUUUUAGAUUCAGAAGGUCAUGCUUUAUUAACAGAUUUUGGAUUAUCAAAAAAAGGAGUUACAGAUGAAGAAUUAAGUAAAUCAUUUUGUGGUUCACCUGCAUAUUUACCACCUGAAAUAUUAUCAAAAUAAGGUCAUAAUAGAAUGGCUGAUUGGUAUGGAUUAGGUGUGAUGACUUAUGAACUUUUAGUAGGUAUACCUCCUUAUUAUGCUAAUGAAAGAGAAUAAUUAUUUGAAAAUAUUAGAAAAGGACCAUUAAAAAUACCUAGAAGUUUAUCUAAUGAAGCAAAAUAAUUUAUAGUAGCUGUAAAUAACUUAUUAUUAUUAUUAUAGCUUUUAAAUAGAGAUCCAAAUAAAAGAUUAGGUUCUAAUUCAGAUGGAGAAGAAAUAAGAGAACAUCCUUGGUUAGCUAAUAUUAAUUGGAAAGAUUGUUAUGAUAGAAAAUUAACACCAUCAAAACCAGCAGAAUAAACAUUUAAUAACCUUCCUUUGAGAAUUAAUUUUAUGGAUACUCAAGAUGGUAAAAAUAAAAUUACAGGAUGGUCAUUCUAUGAACAAUCAUGA